ACCUAUAUGUCAAAUCUCAGAGAAGAAUUUUGACAGGCCAGCCUUUUCAGAUGCCCACUACUCAGGGGAUUGAAUCCAAAACCUUGGAAUAUUGGGACGACACUAACCAACUGAGCUAUCUGGCCAGGGUCGCCCUUUUCAGUUGUGAUUCUGCACAUCUAUGGCACUCUCACGUCUCUGAUUCCUUUGGUUGGUAUCCAGGAGAACCGCUUCCCAGUGGUAUGAAAAGAGAUGGAAUCUGAACCCCAGGGUGGAAGUGGCCACCACUGAACCAGCUCUUAAAGCCAAUGAUGUCUGCAACAAAGAGUCCCCAGGCAUACCCAUCCCCAAGCAAGGACUCUACACAGGGACAGAAAUCAGCCCUUCACAACAGCCUUGACUAUGAAGCUUCCUACCAGCGCUUCAGGCAGUUCUGCUACCAGGAGGUAGCUGGUCCCCAUGAAGCUUUUAGCACACUCUGGGAACUCUGUUGUCAGUGGCUGAGACCUAAGACACACUCAAAAGAGCAAAUCCUGGAGCUGCUGGUUUUGGAGCAGUUUCUCACCAUCUUACCAGAGGAGAUCCAGACCUGGGUGAAGAAGCAGUGUCCAGAAAAUGGUGAGGAAGCUGUGGCUCUGGUUGAGGAUGUACAGAGAGUACCUGGGCAACAGGUCCUGGAUCCCGAGAAGGACUUGAAAGUGCUCCUCCAGGAGACAGCCCCUUUGGGAGCAGGCAGAGAAUUACUGAAAUCACAUCUGAAACGGGGUUCUUCUAGAGGAACAGACUUUGAAGGGGUCACAGAGCUCACACCAAACACCACGGGAACAUUCAGAAGGUUCUGAGAUGAAGAAUGGGGUUAAAAAAGAGAAUCUGAAAUGGGAUGAUUCAGAAGAAGUAGAAAUGAACAGAGCUUUACAGG